AGCAGUCCGCGCCGGGGGCUGCUGGGAGAACGGCUUGGCAGCGGCGUUUCUGCGGCUGCGGUGGACAGCGAAACUGCUGCGGUUCCUGACCCAGAGGAAAGCAGUGAGGAAAACAAGAUAUUUUCCUGAGGCUUAUAUCCUCCCUUCAUUGCCUUUUUUUGAAGUCUUAUAAAUCAGGAUGUCUGCACAGCCAGUGGAAGAAGAUUCAAUACUUAUCAUUCCAACUCCAGAUGAAGAGGAAAAAAUUCUGAGAGUGAAGUUGGAGGAGGAUGCUGAUGGUGAAGAGGGAUCCAGUAUUGCCUGGAACCAUCUGCCUGACCCAGAGGUUUUCCGGCAGCGAUUCAGGCAGUUUGGAUACCAGGAUUCGCCAGGCCCCCGGGAGGCUGUGAGCCAGCUCCGAGAACUUUGCCGUCUGUGGCUCAGGCCAGAAACACACACAAAGGAACAAAUUUUGGAGCUGGUUGUGCUGGAGCAGUUUGUUGCCAUCCUACCCAAGGAGUUGCAGACUUGGGUUCGAGAGCAUCAUCCAGAGAAUGGAGAGGAAGCAGUGACAGUGCUAGAGGAUUUGGAGAGUGAACUGGAUGACCCUGGACAGCCGGUUUCUCUCCGUCGUCGGAAACGGGAAGUGCUAGUGGAAGACAUAGUAUCUCAAGAAGAAGCUCAGGGAUUACCCAGUUCUGAGCUUGAUGUUGUGGAGAACCAGCUCAAGUGGGCAUCCUGGGAACUCCAUUCCCUAAGGCACUGUGAGGACGAUGCCAGGACUGAAAAUGGAGCACUAGCUUCAAAGCAGGAGAUUGCUUCAACAGGAGAAUCUCAUGGAGUUCCUGGUGCUCUUAAUAUAGGCGUUCCUCAAAUUUUUAAAUAUGGAGAAACCUGCUUCCCCAAGGGCAGAUUUGAAAGAAAGAGAAAUCCCUCACGAAAGAAACAACAUAUUUGCGAUGAAUGUGGAAAACACUUCAGUCAAGGCUCGGCCCUUAUUCUUCAUCAGAGAAUCCACAGUGGGGAGAAGCCCUAUGGAUGUGUUGAGUGUGGGAAAGCCUUCAGCAGAAGUUCCAUCCUUGUGCAACACCAGAGAGUCCAUACUGGAGAAAAACCAUACAAAUGUCUUGAAUGUGGGAAAGCCUUUAGCCAGAAUUCUGGGCUUAUUAAUCAUCAAAGAAUUCAUACUGGGGAGAAACCUUAUGAAUGUGUCCAGUGUGGGAAAUCCUAUAGUCAAAGCUCAAAUCUUUUUAGACAUCAGAGAAGACACAAUGCAGAGAAACUUCUGAAUGUUGUGAAAGUUUAAGAAAUUACAAAAAAAAAAAAUCAACACUCAGGUCUUUUUCUUCAGAUAUGAAGACAAAAUUAAAACAUGAAGUUAUACGAAUAGUUUUUUUCCCUGUUGACUGUCAGAAAAGUCCACUGGGAAUUAUAAAAGAAAUCUUUGCUCACCAUUAAUAUUUUAUCUGGAAAGAAAUGGUAUUAUGCCUGCCUAAGAUACUGAAAAUUUAAUUCAGGUGUUAAUGCCUAAAUUUUACAUGUGAUGUAUUCUCUAUUUUUUCCCUCCAAAUAAUGAACUACCUGAUCCUUUGUCCCUUAAAAGUUUUCUAGACAGAUACCUUGCUUCUGUUUUGAUCAUUGAAAUGUUUUGUGUAAGUAUACCUUCCCUUCUACUUUUAAAAGGCAAAAUAGGAAUUAUAAAGUCUGGGAAACAUCAUCAACCACUUAAAAGUAUCUUACAAAAAAUUGACCUAUUCCCUUUUACAUCAUUUGAAUAUGUAUUUGAGAAAAUAGAAGAUAAAGAAUGGCUAAAUGCCUCAAAGUAAAAACAGCCUUAAGAUCUUAGAGAAGUGAUAGUGGUAGCACUUCAUAAGGGAAGGGAGGACAUCCACAUUGGGAAGAUACCCAAAGACUUCGGCCUAAGUAGUCAAGUGUAUCAGUUUUUCUUCAGUCAUCCUUCUGCAGGAAAACUAAUAAAAACAAAAUUCAUUCAUUAGGACACAUCUUAUGAAAAUAAAUGUUUUUUUCCCAUGUAUUAUUAGAAAGUAGUCUAAAAAGUAGCUAUAAAAGUAUAAAGAGAACACUAAGGAGGAAUUUGUAGCAUAUGGCAGUGUUGGAAGGUAAUAUAAACAUAAGGUAAUCUGUCUUGGCUUUUAGAAAAAGAUUCACAGAUGGAAUUCAUUGUUAUUUUGCCUUUACCUUUGUUAAGAACAGAAAAAUUGCCUGACAAGUGGACAAACAAGUAUCAGGUUUGCUAUUAUUCCUUUGGUACAAAAGGGUUGACACCAGGCUAGAACAGCCAUGUGUUUAUUAGUAAACAUUUUCUACUGAGAAGGCACUGUGCUAGGUACUGUAAUCCUACCAUAAGUAGGUAGGUGUUUCUUUCACUGUAAGUCCUAGAAGGGUUGGUACAAAGCCUUUAUGUAUUUAGCCUCUUUCCCUAUCAGCAUUCGCAGGGGAAGUUACCUCUGAGAUUCCCAGAGCAGUAGUUCUUUUAGUAGGGUGUUCUAUUUGGAAGGAGAGAGGGACUGGGCUCAGACCUAGCCAGCUCUCCAGGAGUCUUCUUCAGAGGUGAGUACAAGAUAAUUCUGUGUCACAGUUUGGAGGAUAAUGAUUUUUUUUCAAAUCAUGUACUCAGUUUCUAGAAGCAUUAGGUCAUACUUACAUGUUAAGUCGAAUGGACUAUUCUACUUUAAAAAUAAACAGCUAGUCUAUUAACUAGUUUAUUAACUAUCUGAAUUGGUUAAACUAUUUUUUAUUUUAAAUCUUAACACGUUUAAAAAUGUAUUAAAAUAAUACAUUGUAGUAGUAGGAUUAUAUACUCCUUGGCUGAGAAUUCCGAGUACUGUGGUUCUACUGUUGGGUGGAAAACUCUGGAAGUUAAAACAUUGAAUAUAAGAAAAGGCUUUUUAAAUGAAGGUCAUCAUUGUAUGUGAGGUGAUCCAGGCAAAUAUAGAUAGUGCAUAGUUCUGGGGUUUUGGUUUAUAUCUGGUUCUUGGAUCAAAUUUUAAAAUGGAUGAUGAGAUCUGUCUGAGAAAAGUAAUAAAUGCAAGGCCAGUUGGUGAGAACUGAGGCAGAAUGGAGCUUGUUUAUAGAUUUUUCUGAUAACAGUUUUAAGAAAUGUGCUUUAUAGACUUAAGGUUUAUUGAAGUAUAAAUAUGUAGUAAUGAUAUAAUGUAUUUUAAGUUAUACCAGAAAGUGUAGGGACUUUUGUUUGAAUCUUUCUCUGUGCUGAGAGGAAACAAGUCAAUUUCCAAUAAAGCUAUAAACUCCUCUGCUCUAAGAUAAAAUGAUCUUGAUUGAUUUAUUUAUAACUGGCCUUUUUUUCCAGUAGGUUUUAAGGUGGCAUAUUUGGAAUGCUGGAAUUUCACACUUUUAAGAUCAUCUUUUCUAUAUACAAGGAAGAAGCUUCCCUGGGGUAGAUUUGUCAUGCCAAAGAUAUUUGGUAAUAUGAGAGCACAAAAAAAGUAGCAUUCAAAUUAGCAGAUGUGUUCUGUUUACAGGUCUGAUACCUGUACAUUGUUUAGAAAGGAUUCUUGGGCUAAGGCAAAGAAAGGUCUGGGGAAAGGAGACUGGACCAAACCGAAUAAGAAAACCUGGAUUUUUGAAAUACAAGGGCAGGAAUGUUGGGAUGUGUACUUGCCAUCCCCAGUUAGGCUUAAGUCCCCACUAGACAAACUGACUUAAAAUAACUUUGCUGUGAUUUAUGACUUAGUCCAGAUACUCAUCCAUACCCACUCAGGUAAUCAGUGUGUUGGGGGAGAUGCCAGCUUCUAGUGAAGUGGUGAGAUGAGAGCACUAACCAGUGGUCUAACCAGGACAUUUGUUUGGCAAAUGAACGGUGUUGUCAGGGCACUAAGACUGCUGAUACCUUUAUCUAGUAGCCACUGAGCACUUACUGGUUUCUGUUAAAUGUUCUGAUGGUUUGGAGGUUUUGCUGUUCAUAUUCACACUCAACAUUUAGUCAUUUAGCAAGGCUUUACAUUUGUGUAAGCUAAGGGGAGGAUUCUAUGUUUUUAAAUCUGCAUGCUGAGCAUUGGAUUAGACACUAUACCUACCUCACUAAUCAUAGAUUAGGAAAGUAAGAUUCAGAUCUUGACUUGCAUGUGUCUAACUAGAGCUAAAACUCAAAUCUAGUGCUGUAGACUCCAAGGACGUGAUGUUUCAUGGUAUUAUGAAUGAUCACAGUUAAAUUUUGAUGAAUGAAUACUGUUUUUGUUUGAACAAAUGUGAAAUUAUCAGCUCAUUUCAGAUUUUUACAGUACAGAAAUGUAAAAUGAAAAAUGAUACUUUAGAAUGCAAAAACAGCCUUAUCCAGAAGUGGUGGUAAUUUGGUUUGUUGUUGUUCCAGCUUCUAGACGUAUAUUUAGGCAAAAAUUUGUUAAUAGCUGGCACUUGGGGUUGAUGUGUACAGAAAACAAUUGUAGCGCUUUACUAGGAUUAACUCUUAAUCCGUAGCAAUCACAUGAGGUAGGUAAGUAACCUCAUACACGUACUGCACUGAGAUGCCUCCCCUCACCCAUAUUGGUGUACACAUUUUUUUCAUAGCUGCAUACUAUUCUCUUGCAUGAAUAUACUCUGAAUUCAUCUAACCAGCCCCAUAUUGGUGGAUUAUUAGUUUUAUAGAUACAGGUUACCAUCCCUAUACAUAUAAAUUCUGCUACCUGUGUGGGUAUUUCUGUAAUAUAAAUAGCUAGAAAUGUAUUUAUUGGGUCAAGAGAAUGCAUAUUUGACAUUGCUGGGAAGUACCAUCAUAGACACUAAUGUACAAUUCCAUCAAUAGUAAGAAUGCCUAUAUGUACUGCCAGUCCUGAAUACUUCAAGUUUUUGCCCAUAGGCAGGAUGUGUCUUACUACUUAGCCCCCCACCCCCUCACCUCCGCUGGUCAUGGGGCUUGAACUCAGGGCUUGGGUGCUGUCCCUCUUUUGUCUAAGGCUAGUGCUCUACCACUUUGAGCCACAGCUCCACUACCAGUUUUCUGGUAGUUUAUUGCAGAUAACAAUCUCACAGACUUUCCUUCCUGGUCUGGCAAUCUUCCUAUCUCAGCCUCCUGGGUAGCUAGGAUUACAGGCAUGAGCCACCAGCACCCAGCUAUGUUGUAGUUUUCUUGUGCCUUUGUUAGUUUGCAGGAAUAUCUUUUCAAAUGUUUGUCACUAUGUUGUGACUUGCUUUUUUUUUUUCUUUUGGUAUAUAAAUGACUAGCUUGUCAUUAUACAGAACUUAGUAUGCAAUAUCAGUGUAAGAGCAGAAACCAUUUUCUCCAGGGCUUCAUGGUAUACAUCUUCUAAGUACUCUACACACACCAUUUUUAUAUAAGUAAAAUAAUAUGUAUGAAUUGCUUAAGUUUCUUUAAUGGCAUUAAAAACUGUGAAAAUGCCAUUUAUCUUUUUUUCCUGCUAUUACAUUGUCAAAGUGAACAUCUUACUAAGAUGUCUCUUUUUGUGUAUGUGUGUGGAUAAGUUUUAGGUGGAGUUCUAUAAGGUGGAUUGCUGGGAUGAAAGGCUUUCUGCCUGACCAUCCCCUUUAGCAUUCUGAGAAGCCUCAAUAACUUCUGUAUUUCCACCAGCUAUUUGGAAAGCUCAUGUCCCUGCGUAGCUUUACCUCUACUUUAGUCUUCAUCCCUUGGGCAGAGUAAGAACACUUCAUUUUUCCAUUUCCCUGGUUAAUAAUGAAGUCUCAAGUCUGUUGAUCACUUAUAGUUUUAUCACGGGUUGUUGAUAAACUUUACCUGCAUUUCUGUUGGGUUAUUUGUUGCUGUUUUUUGCUUACUCAGCAUCUCCUGUCCCAUCUCCAUUGGUAACAGAACCUUUAUUUAUUGUGAACUCAUUCCACAUGACUAACGUGAGCACACGACCAAACCUGGCGUCCUCAGUUCUGCAGCUCACUAGCCACUUCAAUGAAAGAAUAGCAUAUAGUAAGUUAACCUAGGCUAAGGCGAGCCUUCAACAGAACUUCUGCUGGAACUACUGGAAAGGUGGCUCUAUGGGGACACCAGGAACCAAGGACCAUAUAAGCUUGAAUUGUUACCACGUGGAUAAAGAAUGAGGAGAAAAUUGGAGGCUAACAGAAAUGGAAAGAACCAAAUUCAAAUGUCAUUUUUCUGGAGGCCCUAGAUCCAGCUGUGCCUAAAGCCUGCCCUACCUCUGGACUUUAAAUUUUGUGAGCCAAUAAAGUCUCUUGUUUAAGGUAAUUGAAUUUGGUUUCUGUCCUGAUUAAUAUAGGUUAUUUGUAUUUUCUUAUUGAUUUGUAGAAAAUGUAACUUUAAACUCUAGACUUCAUGCAUUAUAAUAAAAUUAGAAUGGCCUUCCA